GCAAAGCUCAUCAUGGCAGCCCUUAUCUCCACACUGCAAUUGCUCUUCCUUGGGGCUCUGAUUUCCCCCGUCUAUUUGCAGGAUCCUUGUCAACUUAUCCAGAAUACCACUAAUCCUGGCUCUUACAAUCUAUCUGUGAACCCUGCUGUCUACAUGGCAAACACAAACUACAGUGUAACCAUCAGUGGAGUCGUGGGCGGCAGCUUGGUUAUCCUGCAGGCCCUCAAUUCCCAGAACUCCUCUGUGGGCCAGUGGGACGCUCUAGUUGUGAACUGCAGCAACAGCCUAUCAGUAGUGCAGCAAAAUAUCACCAACACAGCCACAGUACAAUGGACAUCUCCAACCAGUGGGUCAGCCCCUGUGGAAAUAAGGGUGCUUGUGACUUUUUCCAAUGACUCUACCCUUCCCCAGCUCCAGAAGACAACCCUGAAUACAGCAUCUACAGCCUCACCUGGAUCGACGACAAACACACCCACCACACCUGCCAGCACCACCAGUUCCGUCUCCACGGUGCAGGCCAGCUCCUUCCUCCUGGCAGCCGUCCACCUGCUGUCACUCUUUGUUACUGGCAAACUGUUCUCCUAGUGGGAAACAGCACCUCAGUUGAGCCACGCCCUUCCAUCUUUGCUUUCCUCCUGGGUGCAAGGGUGGAUGGCUGAUCUACUCAGGAAGUCUCUCUUCUACUGUUAUGUAUUUAAGAAUGAUGACUGCACUUUCUUUUACACUCUACUUGACCAGAGAGCUGACACCCAACCCCAUUGCCAGCAGCAGGAAACACAUGAAGAAAUUCUGACACAUACUUGUCUCAAGAGUUUUCAUGAGCUGAAAUGUUCUGUAGCAAGUCAGGAUUUUCUACAUUCAUAGAGUGUAGAACAGCAUCGGGUAGAGUAGUCUGAUAAAGGUGACUGAACAAGGUAACACCAGGGGUUCCUUCCAUCCUGAUCUUCUACAGGUCUAUGAAGCAGAGACAGCAUGUGUCUACCACCAGGAGGGCUAAGCUGCUUUCCACAUUAGGGCACUGCAGGUUGAUAACGGGCAUGGGGAAGGGUCUUCCACAGCUGC